UUGCGGAGGAGAUGGUGUACAGAAUAGACGCCACUGUGUAAGCAAGCGCAUCUCCGGCAGAGGGCGCUGUCAGGUGGACCCGGGAGUCGCGGUCACCCCUGCGUGCCUUCUUUGCCCAGGCGAGGUUUUCUUCAGGCGCAGUCCCGAGUCAGCUGGGCAUGGAUGCGAAACCACACCCAAUGAGGAAGGACGAGCCGCAGGGAGAGAGAGAGACGGGCAGGCAGGCAGGAAGGGAGGCUGAGCUGUCUGAGAAGGACCAAGGGAGGAAUAUUGAUCACACGGGCCAGGGAGAAGACGAAGAAUCGCGUACUGAAAUUGAAGAAAAGGGGGAUCCCUAGGCUACGUGUUCCGACAAUAAAUAUUUCGUUUCUCCCUCCCGUUUCGCAAUCCCGGUGGAGCGACGCCGCAGCCGGCUCAGACAAUAAAACCCCGAAACUGUAACCUCAUCUUCCGACCACCCCCCGACCCCCGCUCCGCGCCGCCAGCCGACUCUCCCAAGAUGAUCGCGCUGUUCAACAAGCUCCUGGACUGGUUCAAGGCGCUCUUCUGGAAGGAGGAGAUGGAGCUGACGCUGGUGGGGCUGCAGUACUCCGGCAAGACCACCUUCGUCAACGUGAUCGCGUCGGGCCAGUUCAGUGAGGACAUGAUCCCCACUGUGGGCUUCAACAUGAGGAAGAUCACCAAAGGAAACGUCACCAUUAAGCUCUGGGAUAUCGGCGGUCAGCCUCGAUUCCGGAGCAUGUGGGAGCGUUACUGCCGUGGGGUCAGUGCCAUCGUGUACAUGGUAGACGCGGCGGAUCCUGAGAAGAUCGAAGCCUCUAAGAACGAGCUGCACAACCUGCUGGACAAACCUCAGCUCCAGGGCAUUCCGGUCCUCGUCCUUGGGAACAAGAGAGACCUCACUGGCGCCUUGGACGAGAAGGAGCUCAUCGAGAGAAUGAAUCUCUCCGCCAUCCAGGACAGAGAAAUCUGCUGCUACUCCAUCUCCUGUAAGGAGAAGGACAACAUCGACAUCACACUACAGUGGCUGAUCCAGCACUCCCGAACCCGGAGAAGCUGAGACCCCGAGGAGAGACGCCCCUGGUGACAUCAUCCCGAAACCGCUGCCCCGCCCCCUCCGUCUGUCUUCGUUCUUGAAAACUUUUCCUCCUGAAAGCAGCCCCUCCCUUCCCCUCUCCUCUGCCAAGGUCUCAGUUCUUACAAAGAGGGUUGGAGCAACAUUAUUUGCACUGUUAAUUUUUUAAUAUUCUGCUUUUUAUUCUAAGUAUUAUAUUACCUUGAUCAGUUAAAGUGUCAACUGAAGAAAUUGCUUUGCUAAUUAUUUUUAUUGUCACGGUUCUCGUCGUUUUGUUAAACACAAGCCCAUGGGUGUGAAAGACGAGGAAGAUGGGAGCUGUGGUCAGUGGUGACGCAGCCGUCGUGAAGAAAGAAUUGUAAAUAUAUCUUUUCCCCUGGUUUGUAAGCCCAGGUCUUUAGAAAGAGAGGACAACAGACAGACAAGGUGCAGCUGGAAAGAGAGGCGUGUUGGGUGAGGAUGAGAGUGAGCUGGGGUUGGUGGCGGGGGUUAGGGGGGCUGUAGAAACAGGACCUGCCUUCCUGCAGGAGACUCCAUGACGCUUGUGAGCAGCUCGAUGACUCCUGCUGUCUGAGGGUGGCUAGUCAUGUCUGUGCCAGAGCCGGUGGACUGAGUGAUCAGCAGAUUAGAUCAUCGCGCAGGUGAUGACAUCAUCAAGAAGCUGAGUGAUCAGGUGAUUAGAUCCUGCUCUCAUUGGACGGAUCUCUCUCAGCCUAUCGGAAUUUAAGGUUUAUUGUUGGAGCUUCGGGGCCUGACCACUUAGGAGUCUCAUUACAGAUAAUGCACUUGUUGCCCACAUUUUAAGCGUAUUAUUUGUUUUCAUCAGUUAAUUAAGUUUACUGGGAGUUUGCCAGCGACUCAAUCCAUACAGGGCUUGAACGCCCCUCUGAUGGGUGUAAAUUAAUGUUUACAAUGUGGCGGUUUUAUGAAGCAGUUACUUUGAUGGUAUGUUUUGCUUUAUGAGCCACAAACAGUUCUGUGGCUGUAGGUGAGUGGGAAGGGAAUGUGAUCGACCGCCCAGCAGCUUUUUCCUGGAGAGCUGGUACGCUGUCUUUCUCUGUGUGACUGAGGAGUCUCUGGAGGGACUCUCUGCUGAUCCUCAGUGCCGUUGACUCUCAUGCUUAGAGCGAUCUCUAGUUCAUUGAGAAGGAAGGGAGUAGUUAACCUUGCACAGUAUUUAUUCUCCUGUGCUCCUCUGCUGUCUCUGCUCCACUGCUGCUGCCCAGGGCAGUCUUUGAUGCCUGAUAGCCAUGUGCAAGGCUGGAUAAAUAACCACCCUGAGAAACUGAGGUUUUACUGAGAAUCCACUAACGUGUUCUCACAGCAUUCACUGGUGAGAAUAAAUGGGAAUGGCUCUGAUUCAGUGUUUGAGAGAUUCUUGAUCCCGUCCUGCGCUCUGAAGCUUCCAGCCAUGUGGUGUUCAGGGUUUUGACCCAUGGAGACAGGAGAGCACGUGGGCGGGUUGUUGGGUGGACACACACAAACACACACACACACGCGUGUCUGCGCAUGCAGCGUUCAGGUGAAGCUGGAGAGGUUUUCUGUGAUGUGUUGGAUUUCUCUCGCUCGGCCUGAUUGCAGAGGCUCUGUGCUGGGCAGCCGUGUGCAGUUCUUCUGGUCACGGGGCCUUUCCCUGGUCCUGACCCAGUACAAGCUUCUCUCUGCGGUGUUGUCUUUGUCCUGGUGUGAAGGUUUAGGUGCGUUUACUUCCAGGCCUUUGUGAAAGCGUUCUUUUUGCAGUAAGCGUUGAUAGGUGGGGUUAAGAUUGCCAUCCGUCUGCAAGCCGGUCCUCUGGCCUCCGACCCAGGUGGGCCCCUGAGCCAGAGCGGGCAGCAGGCUGCUUUCUCUCCCGGUGCUGAUGCCACCGUGAUUCCCAGCUGCCAGGAAACGGGCAGUCUGCGCAGGAGGAGCGCCAGCCCUCGCAGCUCAGCCACCGCUGCAUCUUUCUUGACAUCAUCACCAGCUCAAGGCAGCAGAGGAGGGAUAAACCAGACUAGCUUAACCUUAUUUCACCCUCAUUACAUCGGGUACACCGUUCUCCCAGGUGUGGGAGUGUUUAUGACUGAGACACAGGAUGUCUGUGGAUUCCAGGUGCUGGAAAUCUGUGGUCUAGGUAGUUGUUGCUUGGUCCUGAUGCAGAACCUCUAGAAGCUGUAAGAAACAGGAUGCUGUUCCGUAUGUACCCGUAUUGAGCCUGGAGUCUCCUGUUCUGUUCCUGGGCUCCAUGGUCCCGCAUCUGUCUGCUGCCACUGUCUUUUAUGAAUAAUGCAACCAAGUGAUCAGUUAAGACCUGGUCCAGCAGAUCUGAUUCCUGUGCAAGCUCUGCAGGAUGAGCAUAUCUCAAAUUCCAGGAAGGGUUCUCUGUAUUUUCAUUUUCGAGGCAGAUUUAUGUCGAGGCUGUUUUCUCACGUUGAGGGGUUUUGCCCAUAUCAAACCCAUGCUGUCCGGGCUCCUCCGCCUUUCGGACUGGGGCCGGACCGGGCAGCUGAGCGAGUCCGAAGCAGAAUCAUCUCGGUUCCUGAAGGCCAGCGGACUGCAGCUAGAGCACUGAACACUAAAUCAAGUUGGGUUGGGUGAAUCGCAUUAAUACGUCUGUGUCUAGGAGCAUACAAGCUGUUACAAGGGUACAUUUCUUGAACAUUGUACUAUUCCAGCUCCUGCCAUGGCCAGCGCCUUGUUUACUAGUAUAAAAACCAGUCCAGUUCGUAUUCCCAGGCUGCUGAGCAAAUUCAGGUUUUCCUUUUCCGUGCUCGCCUGUCCUCUCCAGCUCCCCCUUGUCCGUCGGCAUCGGGACGAAUCCCGACAGCUGGUGAUGUUUUAACACCUCUGCAGUGUGAGCUGCUCUUCCAAAACCAGGCUGGUGCUUCGAUCCCGAAGGGGGGUGGGGUGGGAAAUCUGUCAGGCAGGGAGAGCGAACCUGGCCUGGUUUCGGCACAGGAGAUCACGGGAUAUCGACGUUCCUCUCUGGGAACGCUCGGUGCAGCCCUGCUGCGAGACACCGGUCCGAGCCCGGCAGGGAUUUUCCCAACUCGGAGCCGAGGGCAGCAGGAACUGGGCCCUCUUGCCCUCUGUUGUCUUUCUGUUGCCUUCUUUUGUAUCUCGUUUAUUUUUGCACGUUUAACACUUCGGAAAUGUCUGCUGCCCUGACUCUGCAGGACACGCACAGUCGAAUUUCCUUUUGUAGGUACGGAAGAAUGGUACAUUGUUAUCAUGAGUAAAGUAAUUCAUGUGUACAUUCUUUUUUUUUUGUUAUGUUUGAUAAUUGUUAUAUGGUUUUUGAUGGACUUUCUUGUACAUAGCAAACUUUAAACCAAAUAGCUGUAAAAGAAGAAAUAUUAAUACUUUGUGUUACACAGAAAACCUUGUGCUUGCUGUACUCUGCCAGUCUCUCUUGGCCUGGGGGUCCCCUGAGAGUGAGCACGUGUGCGAGUGCCCUGGGGUGCUUGAACGUGUCAAAUGGCUGACGGCGUGCCGACACUUUUCCACAAGGGUUGGCUCCCGCUCGGACAGAGGGCUGGGGUCAGCUCCCUGUCCCUUUGGCUUGAUGCUCCGCCAUCUUUACAGUGGCCUGGACUGAGGAGAACGAGGAGGGGAGCUUGUGAUCUUAGACAGAUGCGUCCCUUCUCUGCAGCUCGUGCUGGUCCUCUCUGGCGCGCGCAGCAGGGACGACGCUUGAGCCACCUGAUCAAGGGCCACUAGCGCCCAGCCCUCCAGGUGGCGCUAGAGCCGCCUGGAGCUUUGUGAUGAAGAGCACCCCACCUGGGCCUGUUAAGCAGGGGAGGCGGAGAGGGAGCAGGGUGUAAGACUGACCUGUAUGUUCUUCAUGCAUGCUCGCUUGACAAGCCUGACUGAGGGGCGCAGUGUUACAGUGGGUUUCCUGUGCACCACGCCCAUCGUCCAGGCCUGCUGCCCAGUUUCUGAGGGCCCCAGCCCCAUGUCGACACGCGGACCGCACUGCCCCAUGCAGCGCUAGGAGAGGUAUUGCACUGACCACUCUUGGGGCAGGGAAUUAGAGUGCUGCUGGCGAGUAACUGAUCUCCAGCUCAGAAACAAAGACGUUUCCAUAAAGCGUUUGGCAAAGACAAGCCAUCUUUCCUGGACGCGUUCCCUCCCAGUUUCAUUCCCCUGCCUGCCUUCGGAUUGCUUUGUCUAAGUGUUUUCUCCAAGUUCCUGUCGGACAACUGGAUUGUUGUCCCCGUAUUCCCAGUUUGGUGGCAGGCAGGGGUCAGAGGUGCCAUUGGAUUGCCCCAGCAUGCAUCACUCUGGGCUGUGCCCUGGUCUGAAAGCAGUCGCGCCUCUUUUGGCUGCUGCAGGUUUUCUUUUUUAACAUUUUCAUGGAUUUCAGUGAUAAAUGUUCCCUGCAGUUUCAUUUUAUUGGCUUUGAUUAUGUUGGUUUUUAAGAUGAAAGAACAUCUCUUUUUAAUUCAGUAACACGGUCUGAUAUAGCAAGAGAAAUGGCAUUGAGUGUUUCUGUAAUUACAUAUUUGAAGAAAAAAAGCAAAAAAAUGAAAAAAAGCCAGUUUGUUUUAACUCCUGUUUAUAUUGUCCUGCCAGUGGUAACUGUACUGUUGCUAUUGUUAUCUUGAAAUAAUUAAAAAUGGUAAAUAAAUGAUUUCCCACACAGUA